CCCUGAGGACCAGGUUGAGAAACAACGGUCUAGGGCCAACCCCCCACCCCUCUCCUUUUUUUCCGUCUCUGAUUGGGUCUGUACCCUUGACAGUGUUUCCCCUAGAUUUACAGCUUUUGGGGGUGGGGGGGGGGAGGUAGACAGACACCGACGGGAUUCAUGGUGUUCAUGUGUUUCUUUAAAUGACAGCAGUCACCUAAUAUAAUGGUAGGGGAAACACUGCUUGACAUAUUCUGGCUUCUUCACUGUACCGCCUUAUUGUGCUCAGCCGGUUCUGAAUUCAGUAGCAUGACCGCAGACCCAAAGGCUUCUUAUCACUGACAUCCAGUCGUCGAUUUUAGCUUACAGGAAGAGAAGAUUAGAUGAAAUGACACAGCAGGAAGCUGAGCUUGGAAGUGCAGUGGUAUCACUUUGAAAUGACUCUGCUGCUGCAGGGAGAAAUUGAUUGUAGUGUUAUGCUUUGUAUAGAUUAUCAUUAGGCUUAGCUGUGAUGUCACAGAACCCUGGGUUUUUCUUGUUUUCUUUAAUCACUGAUUAAUGAGCAUUAAGGACCUUUGUCCUAGGUGGCAUACAGCUUGAUUUUUGCCCAUUUUUAUGGACAUUUGGGUCAUGCUAUGGACUCAUGGAUCCUAGUAUAGAACAGAAUUCAGGAGCAGCUUCAGGAAACUCUUUUAUUCAGUAAAAUCUGUUAGGAAAAUGGAUGAGGCAGCUCUCCUAGUUCAGGGGUCACAUCCUAAAUAGAGGACCUUGUGCAUGUGAAGUUUUGCUUUAAUCCUUGCAUAAUGGCUGUUAAGCCCACUUCCCUAAAGGAGCUGCAGCAGCCAGGCAGAAGAUCAUUACCCAUUUGGAAAUUGUCCUUAACUUCAAAAUUUAUAGAGGCGCACCUUUAUAGAGGGUCGGCACCGAUUCAUACCUAUUAGAUGUGUUAUAGAAAUAUGUACUUUUAUUAUUGUCAUUUUGCUAGGUGCCAUUUCUUAGAAAUAACACCCUGCAGCAGCUUGAUCUUAAUUUAGCAAUAACACUUCUUAAGAAUUGUUGCUUGAAUAUUUCCACCCCAUACAUGGUGAUAAACAAUGUUGAAUGUUAUUUGCAUAUCCUGUUCGUGUACCUCAGUAAAAGACACUGCGAGGGGAGUUCCUCUUUCGAUGUUGGCUGUGUCUGGCUGAGAGGCUGACACCUCGAGGUCAGGACCGGACUUCCCUUACAUCAAGUAAAAAGUCAUCACAGCUGUCUGUGUUGUUCUGUGUUCAGAGACCGAUCGGUUUUCAGCGUAUCUUUAGAAGAAGAUAACCCUAACAAGAUGGAUCAGAUAUGAGCACAGUGAUUUCUGCCUGCUGUGAUGUCAUGUGCAUGCCCUUUGCAGUAAGAACAUCAGAUCUAGGAGGGUGACAAUAUCAGGAGAUGGGAGAGAAGCGGCGUGAGCGCUGGCUGUGAAACCUCCCCCUUGAUGUGCAAAGAGUGAAGAAGAAGCAUUUCAGAGGAACCGAAGAUAAGUGAUGACGUGGCAUGAGCACAGUGCUGGAGAUGCCCAAGAGAAGAGACGUUCUCGCUGUAGUGCUGAUUGUGCUGCCCUGGACGCUGCUCAUCACCGUCUGGCACCGGAGUGCCGUCGCCCCCAUGCUUGCGAUUCCAAAGGCCUGUCAACAGCUAAUCAAAGAACUCUUUGUCCUACCAGAAAGGCCUGUGGUCCGACAGCAGCGGCCAGCAGAUGACAGGAGUGAGGUCCAGCAUGAGAUGGCUAUAGCCCCAGUGACCUCCAAGGAGCGUUGCUCCCCAGAACGGGACAUUGUGGAGGUGGUUCGCACCGAGUAUGUGUACACACGGCCCCCACCCUGGUCUGACACCCUCCCUACCAUCCACGUGGUCACGCCCACCUACGGCCGGCCUGUGCAGAGGGCGGAGCUAACGCGGCUGGCAAACACACUCCUGCACGUGCCCAACCUGCACUGGAUCCUAGUGGAGGACGCAGCCCGGCCCACAGCCCUGGUGGGCCGCCUGCUCCGCAACACGGGCCUCAACUACACACACCUCAGCGUGGAGACGCCGCGGGGUUACAAGAGCCGUGCCGACGCCCGCGACCCUCGUAUUCCGCGGGGCACCGUGCAGAGGAACUUGGCCCUGCGCUGGCUCCGCGAGACCCUGGGUUCCAACUCCACCCAGCGAGGCGUCGUCUACUUCGCAGAUGAUGACAACACCUACAGCCUGGAGCUGUUUGAAGAGAUGCGGUCGACGCGCACGGUGUCUGUGUGGCCCGUGGCAUUCGUGGGCGGCCUGCGCUUCGAGUCGCCACGGGUCAAUGCCGCCGGCAAGGUCUACGGCUGGAAGACGGUUUUCGACCCGCACCGGCCCUUCGCCAUCGACAUGGCCGGCUUCGCCGUCAACCUGCGCCUCAUCCUCCUGAGGCCUCAGGCCUACUUCAAACUGCGUGGCGUCAAGGGUGGCUACCAGGAGAGCAGCCUGCUGCGUGAGCUUGUCACGCUCAGCGACUUGGAGCCCAAGGCCGCCAACUGCACUAAGGUUCUCGUGUGGCACACCAGGACGGAAAAGCCGGUCCUGGUUAACGAGGGCAAGAAGGGCUUCACAGACCCCAACGUGGAGAUCUAAGGCUGCUUCCAAUACUGGCACUCGCGUUGGGCUUGGUUGCCUUGAAGAACCUGAGAGGAGUGACCUAGACCGGACUGCCACGCUUUCCAUGCUCUGUGGCGGGGGGUCCUGGGACAGGCCCCUUGCGACCCCCACUCUAAACACAGCAUUAAUCAGGCGUCAUGUGGAUGGGCCAGCGAUGACCCCGCUGAAGCACACAUCGGUAGAGAGAGCAGCAAUAUUUAUACAGCUCCGUGUCAAGCUAGCAGAAAACCACAGCGCGAGUGACCACAGUGGAGAAGAUGGAGGAGCUGAAAGCCACUCAGAGGCCAGAUCCGACGGGUCGUCAUAGAUUUGCCUCCUUACUAGAACAUGGAGGGGUGUCAGAAGUUAUUGCCGCCACUGGAUAAGACGACCACUUAAUGACCUCACUCAACCUGCAACUAGUUGGCAUUCUGAAUUUUUUUCCUCCUGCAAAUAUACAAAAGAACAUUUUUUUUUUUUAUUCGACGUGUGUGUUUUUUUAAAGGCUGGUUGAACAGCAUUUUGUGAUGUUUGCGUUUGGCACGAGUUGGCGUGUCACACGGCUCGCGUUCAUGAAAGCUGUCAGAAGUGAGUGCAGAUAACUCCUCUUCCAGAAGCUCACCUCACCAAGAUUUAAGCAAUUUAAAAUGUUCGUUAAAAAAAAAAAAAAGCUUUGUAGUUCUACAAAACAAGCAUUCAAAAGCACUUUAUAAGGUUUAUUUUGUUCGCAGUGUUUUUUCCUGUUAUGGAAUCCUGUAAAUUAUUGGUUCUAACCUAAUAAUCUCGCAGCGUAGUUACUUACUGCAGCAGAAAUUGGUUAGUUUUGUGCCUGGAUAAGUUAAUGCACAUUUUGCCCCAGUGAAUAAACGUCUGCAGACUUGUGUGUUAAUAUCUGUACUGUGCCACA